AUGGAGAUACAAGAUAUGAAUGUGCUUGAAUGGCCGGGGCCCAUGGCAACGCCACCCGACAAGAGAAACCAAGGCAGAUAUUGUCAUUUCCACAAGGAUCACGGGCACGAUACGAAAAAGUGCCUACAGCUAAAGGAGGAGAUCGAGUGCCUCCUAAGAAGAUGGCUCUUAGGCAAAUAUGUGAAGGAAAACCGGGGUAAACCAAAGGUGGAGGACUGCCCCCCGCCUAGGGUGGGAGUGAUAAACUUGAUUGUAGUGGGGAUAGCAGGAGGCGGAGAUUCAAACUCGGCUUACACACCCCAUGACGAUGCCUUGGUGAUAGUAGGCGAUAUAGUUGAUUUCGACAUCAAGAGGGUGCUGGUUGAUAGGGGAAGUGCUAUAAAUGUACUUACAUGGGAUGCUUUUUUGGGCUUAAAGAUCUUUCCUGACAACUUGAAAACAGUAACCACCCCCUUACAGGGCUUUGGAGGACCACUUGGUCGACGCCACGUCAAGUCAUGA